UUAUAACCGUUUAUGCUAAAUGUUGACUAUGAUUUUAUUGUUCAGUUAAUUAGUUCGUUAAUUAAAAAAGUGUAAAGACAACAAGUACCAAAAUGGAUCAAAUGUUGCCAAGCCCCGGUUUCAGCAUUCCUAGCAUAGGAACCCCCUUGCACCAGCCCGAGGAAGAUCAGAUGAUUUUGCCCAAUGCUCUGCAGCAACAACAGCAGCAGCAACCUUCCACAACAUCACAGUCCCAACAAGUCCCGCCUUUGGCCCCAAUGGGAGCCCUAACACCAACUCUGGGGUUGGGCAUGGGCAUGUCCAUGCCCCAUACGAAAUAUGCGGGCUUCGCCCUCCCCAUCACGAGUAUCCAGUCACAAACACCACAACACACUAUGAUGUCCCCUAUGGUGAAUUUGGGGGGCUCAAGUGGUGCAGCGAACACCCCGUCGAUGGGCCCCGCGACGCCGUCGCCCCUGACACCGAUGACCCCGCAUUCGGCCGACCCCAACAUUGUCCCCCAAUUACAAAAUAUUGUCUCCACAGUUAACCUCAGCUGCAAGUUAGACUUGAAAAAAAUCGCCCUUCACGCACGUAACGCUGAGUACAACCCCAAACGUUUCGCUGCAGUUAUAAUGAGAAUCAGGGAGCCCCGAACUACUGCUCUUAUUUUCUCUUCGGGAAAAAUGGUCUGCACGGGGGCUAAAAGCGAGGACGACUCCAGACUAGCAGCGAGGAAAUAUGCGAGAAUUAUCCAAAAGCUGGGCUUCCCCGCGAAAUUUUUAGACUUCAAGAUUCAAAAUAUGGUGGGAAGUUGCGACGUUAAAUUUCCGAUCAGAUUGGAAGGACUUGUCCUCACGCACAGUUCCUUCAGUUCGUAUGAACCCGAGUUAUUCCCCGGUUUAAUUUACAGAAUGGUUAAGCCCAGAAUUGUACUACUUAUUUUUGUCUCGGGUAAAGUUGUCUUGACUGGCGCCAAAAUCAGGCAGGAGAUUUACGAAGCCUUUGAUAAUAUUUAUCCAAUCCUGAAAAGCUUCAAAAAGCAAUAAUUGCUUCAUGUGCUACGUUUAAUUGUUGACUGUAAGUGGGCCUUUUAUAUUGUUAAUAGACGAGAAUCAAAAAUUGCUUUUAUUUUUCCUUUUGACAAGUCCAAUCUAACCUCAAAAUUAGUUUUUUUACAUUAUUAAUACAUUAUGCUGCACUAGAAUACAAUCAAUCGAAAGGGAAUGGAAAAUUCCGCUCAGUACUUAAGUUCAAAACUGAUAAGUAAAUAAUUAAUUAAAGUUGAUUAUGGUUUACGAAAAUUCAAAUUUUUGCCACAUAACCUCAAAUUUUUUGCCAAAAAGAAAAAACUCGCUCGUUUUUGUCUUAAAUGAAGAACAAUAAACUCUAAAAAAGUGGAAGAAUAUCAGAAGACGGUACAAAUUCCACGCCUUGUAAAUACUGGAACUGAUAAAAAGCGAUGUCAAAUUCCAACAUGUUCAAGUAAUUAUUUUAAUCUCUACAGUUCGGCGUAAAAUAACAACAAUGCCCAUUUUACCAGAUAAAGUGCGAAAUUUGGUGAAGAAUGUUAGAAGUAUGUUCCUAAAAUGGUCAGUGCAAAGACCGAUUUUGUCCAUGUCUUUGGUGGUGAUUUUGGCCGUUAUCCUGCUCCCCGUGGUCACAGCAGCCACCCUAAUGCCCGUUGCGCUAUUGCUCACUUACACGGGAAUUUUGGCGUCACAGGGAAUUUUUUACAUAACUUACAACAUAUUUAUCCAAGGAAUGCUACUAGCUAUGGUAAUUGUAGCCUUAUUCGUUGUUGGUUUUACAAUUGCAACAAGCGCGAGUGUUUUCCAUUCAUAUACAAUAUUUAAAACGGUUACCAUAAAGAAAAAGCAAUAAAUUUAAGUUUUUAUUCGUUUUUAUGUGCCAUUUUUUCCAUUAAUGCCCAUAAUUUUCGUACUACUUGUUCCUCGCCUAUUUCACCAUAAUUGAAGACUUCAUAGUUUGGAGGGUUCGUCCGUACCAUAUCUGUUAGUUUAUAAGGAAUAAAGUUGUUAAAAUGAA